UAGACAAUCACGAACACGAGUAGCCCGUUUGCAAUCAAUUGUACUCAGUAGGUGUAAGUUGUAAAUUAUUCAACGAAACACGAGUAUUGGUCAUAUCAAGUUACAAAAUACAAACAAAUUUAUUACUCAAUCACUACCUAAAUUGUAUAACUAUUAAAAAAACUGUUUGAAAUGGCUUCAACAUCAGUGUCUAAAGGAACAUUUCAACCGGAUUCUGAUGUCCAUAUUACAUUCGAAGAUCAACAAAAAAUCAACAAGUUCGCAAGGCUUAAUGCACGUGUUGAUGAAUACAGAGAUGAAUUAAAAUCAAAACAAACAACAUUAAAGAAUCUAGAAGAUGCUUCUGAAGAGUUAAUGUUAUUAGACGAGGAUGAUUGUCCUAAUCUUCCAUACCUUUCUGGAGAAACUUUUGUAUAUUAUAAUCUAGAAACUGCACAGAACAAUUUGGAAGAAUUGAAAAAAUCUGUUGAGAAAGAUAUGAAGGAUAUUGAAACGAAAAUCAAAGAUAUUUCAUCUACAAUGAGUGAUUUAAAAACACAUUUAUAUGGAAAAUUUGGUAACAAUAUAAACUUAGAAGCUGAAGAUUAAAAAAAAUAUGUUUAUUUCUCUAUUAUAAUGUAAUAAAAUUUCUUAUCAAACUAAAAAUAUAAUCACAUAAGUAUAUUUAUAUAUAAAAAACUUAUAACCCAGCUUUCAAUUAAUAAAAAAAAUAUAUAAACUUA